AUGGCAACUAAGUCUCAUACAGACUUCUUUAUAAGAAUCAGAAAUGAAAUCCAACGUUUUAAUAACUACGCCAGGCAACACGAUUUCGGGGUAAGAGAUAAUGACGUAAAUUUGUAAAUUAAUUUGAUGGUCUUUGUAUUUUUUGUAAUAUUUUAUUUUGUACAAUUUCAUUUUGCCCUUGCAUCACUUGUUAGAUGUUUGAAUGUCAUUUAAUUCAUGAACAAAAAUUCAUAAAUAUUUUUUAUAUUCAUAAAUAUGGGAUUAUAUAUAAAUGAUAUUAAUAUAUUGUUUAUAGGCUGGGCCAUUCCAAAUAAAAUCCAUGGACGAGCUCCAAGAAAGAAAGAUCAAAGUGCUGAUGCACACUCCCCCUCAGAAAUUGGUAAAUUUUUGCCUUACCCCUCAGAAAAAUGCUAAAAUCAAAGGAUACCGACAGCCAUAACCUCUCAGAAAUGGCUUUUUUGAAACCCCCUCAGAACUUCUUGUCCAUGGGGGGGGGGGGGGAAUCCGGACUCAAGAAAAACCAGGACCCUAGAAUACGGUGUUGAAAAGCAUUCAUUUUAAUGUAAAUCAAUAAAGAUAGAAACAAAAAUGACCAACCAGGGGAGCAUUUUCAGUAUUGAGCCGCGGUUGUAUGUAAGGCAUUUCGGGUAAAUGGAUGAAAGCAUUGCCUAACAAGAUAGUAUCAAUAUCAAAUACAUAAUCAGAUAAUAUGUGAAUUGCAUGGAUAAUACCCGAGAUAUUACCACGAAGGAAGCAUGUUAAUAAUAGGAAGGAAGCAUGUUAGUAGGUGGGACUUGGUGAAUGUUAGUAGGUGGGACUUAGGGACUGUUAGUAGGUGGGACUUAGGGACUGUUAGUAGGUGGGACUUAGGGAAGUCCUGUUAGUAGGUGGGACUUGGGGACCUAGUUGAAAAUAAGCAUACCCUUGCCCGAGGAUAUGCAUACUCCAUAUAAAAUCCUAAAUAUAUCUUGAAUUUAUUUGAUAGGAUGACGAUACUGUGGCAUUAGUACAAGGUGGUGAUGUAGAAUUAGGAUUUGCUGGCACAACUUCCACCAGCACUCUUCCUCCGGAGUGGUAAGUAGGAAAUCACUGCUUUAUUUUACUCUCUUAAUGGUUCAUUCCAGAAAACAUUCCUUAUUACCUUUCCUAUGUACAGAGAGAGCCCCGGGGGGGCAAAUUGCCCCUGGCCCCCACCUUAAUAGGGCCUCAACUUGGUGAGAGCCUAAAAUUGAGUAGGUUUUCUUUAAAUUGGUCAGAGCAUUUUUGAAAUUGAGGGCCCCUUACAGUAGUUCCACAUGCAGUCUAGCUAAAGUCUAGUUGGGUGACUUGGAUCUAGCUUAAAAAUAAUUAUGUCAUAGGGCCCCCAGAGAAGAUUUGCCCUGGGCAGUGGGCCAUGCGAAUUCUCUCGGCGGCCCUGUGUACAGAAGAAGUUAAUCACCUUACCCCCUUCGGAUGUCCUAAUAUGCACUUGCUAUUAUUAUCCCCUCCGGACGGCAGAAAUUUGCUCUGUGAGGGGAGUGUGGAUCUUUUCUGGAGUGACAAAAUAUGAGUGUGAUGCAUUUGCAAAGCAUGUACAAUUUUUUUAGGGUGGACGGUGUCGAAGAGAUUCAAUAUGAAGUUACAAAAAUCAAACAGAAAAGUAAGCCUCAAUUUAAUGAAUAUAAAUAUUGCAAUGACAAAAUGUAUUUAAAUAGUUGGCAGCUUGAAAAGAAUUUCACCAUUUUUAUUUGCUGUCUUUUUAGUGAAAGAACUUUCAACUAUGCACGAUAAACAUUUAAAUCGACCAACUUUGGAUGACAAUAUCGAUGAAGAACAAACCAUUGAGAUUACUACAAAGGAAAUUACACAGGUUGGCAAUAUAUUAUAGCUUGGCAAUAUAUGUUUGUGGGUCAUCAACUGUAAUUUCUUAAAUUUUUCGGUAAUUUUAUAAAUGUAUUAAAAUUUUUGCUAUGACUAUUACUUUUUCAUCCGAGCCCCUCAAAUAUUUUUGCCGAAAAGCUGUUUUCAGCGGUUGCCCCCCCCCCCCCUCGUAUAGCUAUGACCCUGGCCAGAUAUGCAUAAUGUGGAUUUUCAUGUCUAGAUGUUUCAUUCAAGUCAAACAGCCAUUCAAAAGAUUGUUGCUCGAGCGAAAUCAGCGAACCCCGAAGAGAAACGUUUGGUUAAAAAUGUUGUUUCGUCAUUGGCAUCAAGUCUGCAGGAAUUGUCAGGAAAUUUUAGAAAAAGUCAAUCAAUGUACUUGAAAAGUAAGCAGUUAUGUUACAAUAAGCUACCUUAGUUUGUGUCGGCUGAACCACCUGACAAAGAUAUCUCAAACAUGGUGGUCCAGUGUAGGUAGUAUUCCACGACAAACUGGCUUGGUUUGUGUCUGAACUACAUGAAAAAGAUAUCUCAAAUGUGAUGGUCCAGUGUAGGUAGAAUUCUACAAUAAGCUGCUAUGGUUUGUGUCUGAACUACCUGAAAAAGAUAUCUCAAAUGUAGUGGUCCUGUGACAGUGUAGGUAUAUAUAGUAUUCUACAAUAAGCUGUUGUGGUUUGUGUCUGAACUACCUGAAAUCUCAAAUGUGAUGGUCCAGUGUAGGUAGAAUUCUACAAUAAGCUGUCGUGGUUUGUGUCUGAACUUCCUGAAAAAGAUAUCUCAAACGUGGUGGUCCAGUGUAGUAUUCUACAAUAAGCUGUCGUGGUUUGUAUAUGAACUACCUGAAAACUGUAUUUUUUUUAUUUGGGGGACAAAAUUUUGACUGAGCAAACAUACUGUGGGAUUGAGCACCCAUUCUACCUUUUGAACAACAUUAAAUUUAGAAAUGAAAAGUCGUGAAGAAAGAGAGAAACAUUAUUUUGACAACAGCAUGGGAGGUGUUGGAGGCAGCUCUCUCAUGGAGGAGGAUGUUGACGAUAGUGAAUUAUACGAUAGAGUAAGAUAUUCUAUAAUUUUGCACACAAGAUGGUUUUAAAACAACCAUGAAUAACUUCUCAACAAGUCUGUACUGUAUAUUACCACAACAUCAAGGAAUAUUUUAAAAGACAGAUACUGGGAGGCCAUUUAGCCCUGCAGGCUCCACUGGGCCCUAAUCUUGCCCCCCCCACUGUAAAAUGUUUAAAAUAUGCACUGCACAACAUACCCAAAAUACUUCAAUUGAAUCUGCCAGCAUUAAAACUGUAUGUUUAAAGAUCUUUCUUUACAAUAAACCCAACCUCUUAAGGCAAAAGGGAAAUGACCCACAUGGGUCUCAGCAGAAUGGCAAGCCAGUAAUUUGUCUUACGAAAAAGAACCUGAAUUGACUUGAUCAGUUCACAGGCAAAUGUCUUCUAAUAGCUAGAGUGCUUAUCCAAGUAAGGAAAAUCUAAAACCUUGGUCAAUUGUGUCUAUUUUCCAGGGUUUUACAUCACAACAAACGAGUCUGGUGGAAGAUAAUAGCGUUUUAAUUGAACAACGUGAAAAGGAAAUUCAACAUAUCGUAUCAUCAAUAGUAGAUUUAAAUGAAAUAUUUCAAGAUUUAUCUGCCCUUAUCGUAGAACAGGUUCGUAUAUUCGUAUAUUGAAAUUUGGAGCCCAACGAUGGUGGUCCAGACAGCACCUGAGGCAUCACCAUAUACGCCCGUAUUCUAAACGCUCACACUCAAUGAGUGGAAGUUCAAUCUGAGCUUCUCUCGUGCAUGUGUCAUUGCUGUUUUUGAAUAACUGGAGGGUCAGUGUCAUACCUUACUCGGUGACUACUAACCCUCCAGCUAUUCAAAAACAGCAUUGACACUCAAGAGAAGCCUCAGAUUGAACCUCCACUCAUUGAGUGUGAGUGAGCUUUUAGAAUACAGGCGUUAUACUGUCAGUGUCGUUCCUUACUAUGUGACUACUCACCAUCCAGCUAUUCAAAAACAGCAUUGACACUCAAGGGAAGCUCAGAUUGAACCUCCACUCGUUGAGUGUGAGUGAGCUUUUAGAAUACGGGCGUUAGACUUUAGAAGUGGACAACAAGAGGACGUCUAGAAUCAAGGCAGGAAAAAAUGUUCUUUCUGGGAGCACAAUCUGUCUCAGAGAUAAAAAUUUCCUGCAGAUCAACGGAGUAUUUUUGUGCUAAAUCUGCAUGUGCAUAAACACAUAGUGUUCUAGCUGACCAUGGUUUUAAAUUCGAGGAAUAAUGUCUGUCAACCAUAUGUUGUUGCGCCCAUAGUGGGACAUGGGUGUUAAGGUUUCCUUCAAAUUUGCAAUAGAAAAUCUUCAUUGAAACGAAUUUCCUGCAGCUGUUUAACAUUUGCUCGCCUAUUUUUCCACCCCUGUCUGGAAUGCACACAGUGCAUUGUGGGAUACGUUUGGAUCAAUAAUUCAUUGUUUGAAAAUUUCGUGCCAUAGACACUUCUGAGGUCCAUUAACGGUGUUGGGGCUGGCUUUCUUAACUUUUUAUUUUUUGGAGAGAUUGAGAUUGCUUCUUUUUCACAACCUUACUUUUUUGUCCUUGACUUUUCAAGGGUACCAUACUAGAUCGAAUAGAUUACAACGUUGAACAAGCUUCAAUAAAAGUUGAAGAUGGCUUAGAACAACUUAAAAAGGUAUUGGUAAUUGUAUUUUUAUAUACUUGAUCAUUGUGCGGUAGUAAAUCUACAAGCAACCAACGUGCUCUAAAGGUCCGUUUAUACUUGCAAUUUUUGUUGCGAUUUCUAGUGCCGAUGUUCGUCUUCUGAUGGAUGUGAACAAGUAGAUGAGUAAUGAAUGUUUUGAAUAUAUGUCAGAGUUCGUACAAAACUUGAAAGUCCUUGAAUGUCCUUGAAUUUGAAAACAAAAAUUCAAGGCGUUGAAUGUCCUUGAAUUUGUAAAGAAGUACUUGAAUGUCCUUGAAUUCUUCUUGCUUUAGUUUUUGGAUAUUUUGUGAAAUUGUUUGACAUUCAAGACGGACAUUUUGUUGAACUGAUUUUGCAUGUUCAUAUCUGACCUCAUUAUAAAGUUACGUUUUGAACAAUUCAACGUCAGAUUUUGCUGAUUUCUAACGCCUUCUUCACUAUUUAGUCCUUGGAUUUGCGGAUACACGGCCUUGAAUGUCCUUGAAAUGUCCUUGAAAAGUCCUUGAAUUUAACUCUUCCUGACCUGUACCUGAUAUGUACCCUCGUCUGAACAUUCCUAACUGAUCCACUCGUUCACAUCCAUCAAAAGAAGAAAAUCGCACCUAAAAUCGCAUCAAAAAUUGAAAGUGUAAACGUGCCUAAUGGCAGGAUUUCUGGGCAUCCCACUUGAUUGAACUAAGGGGUGGACCAUUAGAAAAGUGAUGGGGGGGGGGGCAAAAAUAAAAAUUGCGCAGGGGAAACACGAGAAAGAAAAAACAAUUCGUGCACCAAGAAAGUUUGAAAAAAAAAAUCGUGCAGAGACUUUUCAAUAGGGAAAAUUAUAAGUUGAAAUAAAAAAAAACAAUUCGGACAAGGGAUUGUAUUUAAAAAAAUUAUCGAAAUAAGCAAAAAAAAUGUUUAAAAAAUAUUCGUACAAGUUGAAAAAGUCCCCCUCCCCCAAUCAUAUUUCUAAUGGUCCGCCCCUAAUGUUGAAGAAUGUUGAACGAUUUUGUAGAUGGAAAUUUUGGGUGUAAAUUUUAUUCAUUUUUAUACAAAUUUUAUGUAUUUUUCUCACCUGCUCCUGGUCAGGUUUAAAUAAAUGUUAACUUUAAUUUUCGCAGGGGGAAAAAUACCAAAAGAGUUCGAGGAAAAUGCUCAUCAUUGUUCUGCUGGCAGUUAUAAUUAUCGUCUUACUUAUUUCAUUAGUCGUCACAAAAAGUAAGUAGCUGUUUUGCAAUUUUCUCAAUCUGGUUAUGGACGAAUUACGAGAUUGAAUGAAUGAGAAUUAUGGACGAAUCAGUUCUCCAACGUACGUGAGAAGAGAUUGCGCGGAGACUGAAAACGGAUGACCAGCGAAUGGUUGCGUCAUCUCACGCAAGUGUUACCAUGGUAACCCGAAUUUAAGACUAGAGAGACACAAUAGAUAAUUACACCAGAAGUCUCACUCAAGCAAAUAUUUGUCCGCGUUUUUACAAGCGAUUCAUCAUCAAUUCACGCCAUCUUGGUUAGUACGACCGGCACUUUGUACCUACCAAAACCUGAUAAAAACGUCCGGUUGUACUUAGCCAGGAACGGCAUGAGCAAGUUAAUUUUUUACGGACGAAAACAUCAAAGGUUCCGACUCAAGUGAGACUUCUGGUGUAAUUAUCUAUUCUGUGUUAGAGAUUAGUGUAAAUACAAGUGUUUCCAAGUUUCCAAAGUGUAGUGAGGCGAGUAGUGAGUAGAAAUCAGUGGCGAAGCUAGCCACUGAAACAGAUCAUGCUAUGCAAAUUUUUACUGUCGAUGCAAUGGAAGUGUUGAUAAAAUAUUGCAUGAAUUCAUUUCCUCAAGUUGAUCAAUUCUUACGAAUUCAAAUUUCUUUUUACUUCCUGUGCGUUUCCUAUUGGUCAAUCGGUUCUGAAACGAAAUCUAAUUGGCUCAUCUAAAAGUAACAAGAAGUUGAUCAAUUUUCUAUCAAAUGAAUUGAUCAACUUGAGGAAAGGAAUUGGUGCAAUAUUUUAUCAACACUCCCAUUGCAUCGACAGUAAUGAUUUGCAUAAUUCAAACCUUUAGAAAUGUAGGUCGUUUACCAUUUACAUGGAAAUUCCGGUGAUUCCAUACGGAAAGUAAAUGGAACAAGCAUAUUUCGACUGCCCAACCGGAACUUUUCCGGAAUGAACGGUUUGUUUGAAAAGGUUGUCCUCUCUUACCGAUUGGAACCUUUCAACCGGUGAAUUUUGUCCCAUUUACAUCUUUUAUAUUUUUUCACCAGUUCCAGGCUCUUCGCGAUUUAAUUCAAACCGGAUGGGUUUUCCAUGUAAAUGGUAAACAAUCCUUCAGUGCCUUCCGGUCAGUCACUCUAAAUGGAAAGCGCGUAGUCCGAAUGGGAUUUUCUAUCCGAAAUUUUGCUUACCAUUAGCACAAUUUCAAACCGGAUGGGUUUUCCAUGUAAAUGGUAAAAAACCGUCAGGGAUGCCGGAAGUUGCUGAGGGCAAGGGGUGCAAUUGGUUAACAAGAGGGCAUACUCCUUAAUAAAAGGCACCAAUGAAAAUGAAAGGGCGUCAUGAUCCUACAUUCGUGUCAACCUCCCUCCCCGUCACCAAAUUUUUUCGGACCGAAUACAAUUAUUUAGGCACAAUCCGCCGUAAUUUCUCGCCAAAAAUUCCAUAAGUAAUGCUUUCCGUUUCACCUUUCGCCAAAUGGAUAACAAUUUUGCUGAAUUCCUGACGACUGGGGGGUGGAACACCGCCACACACAUCAUCGAACGACGUUUAAUUCUGUCUGUUGUAAAAGUUUUGUGCACCGGUUGCACCCCUAGUCUGCACCCGCACUGCAUCCACAAAGUUGAAAAUGCAAAAGGCAAGGGGUGCACUUGCACCCGCUGCACCCGUCGUUCCGGCAUCCCUGACAACCGUAUUGUCGUUAACCUAUUAUAUUUAGAUCAGGUUUAUUAGCAUAGCAUGAGCAGUUACCAUGGCUAGCUUCGCCACUGGUAGAAAUUUAUGGUGGAGAAAACAAUUUUAACAUUGAAAUGCAUGUGGCUAGCAAAUUAGUGUAAAUGUUGCGAAUAUACUCUCGCAAAGAAGUCUGGCAAACACGAGGCGCGCGAUUUUAUACUUGGAAACAAACAGGGCGCGUGGCAAAAUGGCGCAUCUUCACGAAAUAUGGCUCAAAAUCUUGCGCGCACAAUUUCCAAACUUUCCCAGCAGCCGCGCGUCUCAAACGUCUCGAGUAUUUUAAUGAUAUUUUAAGUAAAUGAAUAGAAAUGCUUCGGCUGCUGUGACAAGUGUAGUCGUAGAUGCGGAAUGUGCAGACAAUUACAGACAUUGAAUUAAAAUAAGAUUAAAUUCCACUGAACCACCCGCAUUGAUUACGCGAUAUUUUGUAGCGUGAAGCAGUUCAUGUCAUACACAGUCGCGUCAUGUGUUCCAAUGGCAGCAAUCCUAAUAUACGAUCCCUGAUGUGUUGGCAAUUGAAACUCGUUCUUUAAUAAAUCCAAUUUUUUAUUCGGAACAACUUUAAUUCAUGAAUCAAGCUAGGCUAAAAAUAAACUAUAUUUUUAACGGGAGGUCGUUUAGUGUAAUCGAUCCAUUUUCGAUACUCAAUUCUUGGGAAACGCCAGCGAAUGAAAAUCAGGAGGAAUGAACGUUUCGGUCACUUCGCCGAGCGGGUUUGUGGUGUGCACGAAUAUGUUGACAAACAUGCGUGUACGCGUCUGAACUUGUUUGGAUCCUAAAAAAAACCUUCUGCAACGCGUCAUUCCUGGGAUAACUUUGGUGUCAUCUGGGUUUGACCUGACCUUCAAUGCUCCACGACUGGAUAGUGUUGACAGCACAUGUCUGAUCAGGAAUACCUACUUCGGGUUAGGUUAAAACGCGGAUACGGCCUACCUACUUCACGCAUACUGGAGCUUAAAGUCUUUGCGGGGUGGCCGCAUUAUUGCGUCUUUCACCCUUGUCGCAUGCUUCGAUUUCUGCGUUUUAUGCAGUUAUCUGAUUAGUAUUUCACCUCAAUCGCAUGUGAGAAGUACAAACACCGCAGAUUUUUCCCGGGUACUCCGGUUUCCCCCUGUUGAUUAAUUAAAGAGAGUUCAAGUUCGACUUCCGAUACCAAUACCGAUAUUGAUGUCUUCACUUCCGUUCUCAUUUUGGUACCGGGAAUUUUAAAGCGUUAAGUUAUCACGACAGAUAAAGCAUAGAACACAUUAAUCGUCACCGAAAAUGUACGGUAUACUAAAAGCGGCAGUUGAGCUAAAAUUCUGACUAAAACCUGACUCAGGCGAUGCUAACAAACAAAUAGUUUACGUGUUUAUCGAAAGAUUGUGAAAUAUCCGAUUUAUAUGAGUUUAUCUUACAAUUCCCACGACUUCCAAACAAGGCCGACUUCGGUAAGUGAUGACUUCCAAUACACGUCCUCGUGCUUCUUGCUAUCGGAAGUCGACCAAGAGGUGGCAGACCAUGUAUGGGCUAGACUGAUCACUGAAUUUGGAUACAUGAGUACACGGCUAGAGUCAAGUUUCACAUAAUUUUCCUCAACUGUCUGUAGUUGUUGAUAUUUGUUAUUCAUAUAUUCUUGUAGGCGUAGACAUUCAAAACAUACCAGUUUUUCAAGUUUUUUUCAAUUACAGUAAAAAAAAGCCCAAACGGGAAAAAUUCUAUUUUUAUUUUCGCCUGGCACUUCCAAGUAAUUGCAUUUUAUACUAACAAAGGUUUUUGUUUAACUAAUCUUUUUCUAGAACAUUAUACAAAUGCUUACUUUCAAAAUAAAGUUUUGUGACUCCUCUUCUCCAUGGCAAAAUUGACUAGAAUUAGCCUUUCUCACGAAAGCCAAACAAAAUCCGCCAUUGGGGGUACUGUCUGCCUUCUUGAAAGAUUCUAGGCAAUUCAAACAACGCGAAAAGCGACUUUUAAAUGUUGUAACUGUAAAUUUACCAUCAUACAAACAACUGCAAUACUAAAAAGUCGCGUUUUGUGGUGUGGAGACUCUCAAACGUGGAAGAGUCAGUACCCCAAAAGUCGAGUCAAAAGUGGCGGGGGAAAUCGGCUUUGAGAAAGACGUUAUUGCGUCUACUCCAACUUAGCAACGCCAAUGGCAAUGAACAAAAUAUGAUGUUUAAAAUAUAAACACUUUCAGACGUUUACAGUUGCAAAAUUAUAUACAGUAUUCACGGUAAAAAGUAGACUGAUAUAUUUUCGGUUUCGUUUGAACCAGGCUGAUGUAAUGAGACAGGAAUUACAAUAUUGGCUUCUUCCUUAAGCAACAGAAUUUAUACCACGUGUACUGUUCGUGCAAUGUUUGUAGAAAAAUAGGAUAAUUUGCAUUCCAAACAAAACCGCAGUAUUUAUGUAUGGUAAUUUCAUCUUGUGACUGUCUGCUGUUCGGUAUGCAAAUGAUGCUGCUUCCAUGUGAAUUUGGCUUGAAAGCCAUAUGUAUUAUUGUGAGUUGUGUUCUCAGCAUUAAAAUUUUAGCCCGAGUUCUCAAAAAAUAUGUAAUCAAACGUGGAUAAGCGGUGGAUAAGAGGUUGUAAUUUUUUCCUCAAUUUGUACAUAAUGCAAAAGAUACAUGUACUUGUCAUAUUGAAUAAUAUGCUUUUACAGUUUUAGAUAAAAAAAGAUAAAUGAUCUUGACAUGCGGGAGUAUGUCACACACGGCAGUUUGCCUGUUCUUUAUAACUCUACAAAAAGUAUAAACUUCAUUUGUAUUUCAUAUAAAUAUUAUAACUCGACUGAAAUUUCCGCUGGAGUAGAGUACCCACUUUUGUUUUGUAUUCAAAAUACAGGGGUACAUUUUUUCCGGUUUAAUAAUAGGGUAAAGUACAAGGGUAAUUUUUUCCUCUAUCCGGUUCGGUUAUAUGUCACGCUAGUUUGUCUGCUUUUAAUUUUAUUAACAGACAUUUUAUUUGUAUUUCAUUAGUACAACUUUGCAGUAGUUCCACUAAGGUCCCCAUUUCUAUGUACUAAAACAAAAUCCGGUUUGUUGUAAUUAGAAAACAGGCUUUUUGUUCACCCACUGUUUGAUAUUGCAUCAUGCUGCGUGGUUGGCGAAAACAUUGUUGGCCGCGAUCUGAUUGGUGCGAUUGAGUGCAGGUCAAUUGUCGCUCGCAUAGAAAAUGCAAAGCCUAUGUUAAACACACGUGUUAUAUUGAAAAAGCCGGUGGAUAGUGAAUAACACGUAUCUUGCUCGACACACGCAAAAAUGGCGGAACAAUCUUUAAACGGAGACUCCAAAUCGGACGAACCGGCGAAGGAGGGUCUUAUGCCUAAUGGUGAUACUGGCGUUCAAAUGAAAAGAGAUGUAGGUUUGAUCGGUGGCAUUGCUGUUAUUGUCGGAACAAUGAUCGGCAGUGGUAUAUUCGCAUCACCAAGAUAUGUGUUGAUGUUUAGCGGUUCGGUAGGAAUGGCGCUCGUCGUGUGGACGUUAUGUGGGAUUCUCGCUAUGUGCGGUGCGUUAUCUUACGCUGAACUGGGCACAAUGAUUCCAACGUCGGGAGGCGAGAGCACAUAUCUACUGGAGGCUUUUGGUGGCCUACCUUCCUUCAUGUAUAUUUGGACUGCGUGUAUUGUGAUCAAGCCUUCCCAAAUCGCUAUCGUUUGUCUCGUUUUUGGGGAGUAUGUGGUUACCCCGUUCUUCCCCGAUUGUGCGGACAGACAAGAAGUUCAAGUUAUUGUGAAAUUGCUAGCAGCUUUGGCCAUCGGUAAGUUUGUAUGAAUUCCCGCUGUGCAUUUUUACGAUAGCCAUAUAAACCACUACCCUCGAUCACUACAAUUUCUAUAUUCCAGAUCGUUCGAAAACAUUCUAAUUUAUAAUUUGUUACAUUGACGAGCAUUAGAACGUAUUCGAACCCGCGAUUUUCUAUUGCAGUACAUUGUUUUCGUGCGAUGUAAAACUGGGUUUUCCUGUAAUCCGAGCAGGCUUGGUAUUUGCUCUCCUAGAAAUAGUAAUACGACUCUUUUUUGGAUUUAUCUUAUAAUUAAAACAAUAUUCUUAGUAUGGCUUUAAUUUGCUGUUGUAAAUAAAUAUGCCAGUUGACAAGAUGAUGAAAGAGUUUCGAAUGUGCAUUUGCAUUCCACGUGCACAAUGUUUUGUUUGGCGUUCACGAGGUACAAAGUUCGUUCAACAGCUGCACGCAACAAAGAAUUACGGAGAUAAAAAUCGCGUUUUUUCUGUAAAAUGAUAUUGUAAGACAAAUGCAUUUUCAAGUUGCACGCAAACCAAAAUGUUUCAAAAUUGUAGGGUAUUUAUACUGUUAGUAUUUUUGAAAGCUAAUACUUAUCUUUUUGCCGUAAUCUAAAAUUGUAAGACCAGGCUUCACAAAAGAUUUCAUGUUGGUACAAAACAUAGGUAUGUCUAGUAUGGCGCACAAAGUAAACAAAUAAAUUUUCAAUCAGUUUAGUGCGUCCCCGAAAUUAAGCAAAAUUGAUUACGAUUCUCAAUUCAUCUUGAUCCUCGUCCAUAUCCUUCUCAACUUUGUAAACAAAACGUGGUUUUUAGUUGUAAGGUUCGUCAAAUAUGUAUCAAGGUGGCCAAUUGUAGUCAAGUGAUUUGCACAGAGCACACAAAAAAACUAUGAAAUUUUCCAACGUUUAAAGGUGAUCUACAGUCCGAUCUGCGCAUGUGCACAAAUGAGCCCACUUUUUAUGAUACAAACAGUUUAUUAACUAUGUUUUGAGUUCUUGAAAAGCCUGAUUGUUGUUUCUUGAUCAUUUAUUAUACUCUAGAAGCUUGAAAAUAUAAAUAGUUGUGGAAUAAAGCUCAAUAUUUUGGACACAAAAAUGUAAACAAAGGCUUUGUUUACAUACGGACUGUAGAUCACCUUUAAAAUUUUGUUUCUCUAUCAUAAAUUUUCCUAGAAUGUUUUACUCUGAUCAUAUUUUUGGGGGAUCCCCACUUUUAUUUCAGGGGCAGGCUAUAGCCCUCCUAGUUUUUCUGCACUGUUUAAUAAGAUUGACGAACUGGGUAUGCCGAGUUAUAACCAAGUAGAAGCUGUUAAUUGGGUUAGGAAUUAGCUGUAGGGUUAAGGUGUCAGGGCUAGGGAUGUGUUUGGAUGGUAUAGGCAUUAAAAUGGAACUAGAGAUUAGCUCAAACCUAUAUAUUAUAUCCUGUUCAAUUGGAUUAGAAAUUUGAGACAUAUAAUUGUUACAAUUAUGUGAUGGUGUGUUAUUUGUUUUUUAUAGCUGUUAUAACAAUAAUAAAUUGUAUAAGUGUGAAGCUAGCAACCAGGGUAAUGGUAUUCUUCACUGCUGCAAAAUUAUUGGCUUUAGUUAUGAUUAUUAUCACUGGAUUGAUUCGUCUUGGUCAAGGUGAGUACAUGGUAAAUUUUAUGUGCCAAGAACCCCCCCCCCCUGAAUUCUUCACCAACCAUCAAAUUAAGAAUCAAAAUAUUAAAUAUGAUUGAUAUACUUCUGUAUUGGAUGGCGUCAUGCUUGCUAGCUAGCCUAUGAACAUGUAAUGCACCCCAAUUUUAUUAUUUUCUGUUUUCCAGAUGAUUUUACUUAUAGAUUAAUAGUAAACCUUUAUUAAUGGGUCAUUCCAGAAAACAUCCAUACCACCCCCAUGGAGGAAAUAGGAAGUUAACCCCCCUACCCCCUUCGGAUGUCCUAAUGCAUUUACUAUUAUCAGAAACAAUUUUUUCUCCCCCUCCGGACGGCAGAAAUUUCCUCCGUAGGGGGAGUAUGGAUCUUUUCUGGAACGACCCAAUUAUGUAUUUUAUUGAUAUUGUAUUUUAGGCUACAGUUAUGAGGUUGAUGCUAGCAGAUCAUUUGAAGGCACUGUUGUGGCUGUUGGUUCAAUUGGCGAAGCUUUUUAUAAUGGAUUGUGGGCUUAUGAUGGAUGGUAAGUCCUUUUACUGCGAAAAUAUGUUUCCAUAGAGCUGUUUUUAAAAUAUUUAUGAAUUUUUUCCUCAAGGAACAAUCUGAACUAUAUCACCGAAGAAAUCAAAAAUCCAAACAGGUGAGUCUAAUGAGACCGUGCUCUUAAUAUAUUUAAAUAAAAUAGUCCAAAGCAUGCAGUACAUUUUUUGAGAAAGUGUUCCAGGUAAUAUCUGCAACUAUUGUACAUUUUUAAAAUUAACUGAGCUUUAUUGUUUCAGAAAUAUACCACUAGCCAUUGGCAUUGGAAUUCCAUUGGUGACAGUAAUCUAUUUAAUGACAAAUAUUUCGUAUUUCACGGUGUUAUCAAAACAAGAGGUCUGGGAUUCAUCCGCUGUCGGAGUGGUAUGUAUAUAAAUAUGGACCAAAUAUCUUAACUGUAAAUUUGUGUGUGAAGGGGGGGGAGGGGUGACUAGGAUGUCGGAUUCGGUCGAAAAAAUUGUUCGUAUUUUUGAUUUGGCGAAUAUUUAACACAGAUUUUCGGAUCUUAUUAAUACAGCGGAUUGUGGAUUUAUGUAAUAUUUUGGCUUGGAUUGUGGAUUUUGCUUGUAAUUUAGUUCGGAUAGAACUAGAUUGUUACUUCAUAGUAGAGCUUUUAGCGGAUCCAAACUGUAGACCAGACCAUUGUCGGAUCGGCAGAUUUUGCUUCAAAUUUGGGUGGAUUUGUAUACCCCUAUUCACCCCCACCCCAUCCCCCCGUGAAGGCAGAAUGUUGUUGAAUGUCAGCAGCCCUGCCAAUUGUCCCGCAUUUGGCGUGAAAGUUACGCAUUUACAUCUUGGUCCCGCAUACCUGCACGCAUGAUGAAAAUUGUCUUAAAGUCACAUUUCCAAAAAUCUUAAUUUUGUAGUUGGAAGAUCAUGUGAAUCUCCUCUUUUAAUUGUUAUAAAUAACAUUUUACAGCAAUCCAGCACAUAUUUUGGCCUAUUUGGCAAUCAGAGAAUAUGUUGGAAAUUUUGCAUGUUUUGUGAUCCGAUAUGGCACUAAUGCUCCAAACUGUGAGGUGUCGUGCAUUUCUAUCCAGUAAACAUGGCAGGUCAGUUUGCAUCAUAUCUAUAUAUCUUUUUAGGUGUUUGCCAACAGAAUGUUUGGUGUGAUGGCUUGGAUUAUUCCUGUCUUUGUUGCUUGUUCAACAUUUGGUGCAGCCAAUGGUGCUGCUCUCGCAAGCGGGAGGUUGUUGUAUGCCGCAGCUAAACACGGUCAUCUGCCAAAACUUCUUGCCAUGAUUCACAACAAACGUGGUGUGCCGAUCCCUGGCUUGCUCUUACAGGUUUGUUCUUGGUGUCUUGGUAGCAACUCAUUAGGCAGCUUUCACUAAGUGUGGAGCAGGUGGUGGAUACACACAAAAACAUGCCGGUUGUUGGAAAGCUGAUUAGCUUAACCCUAGGUUCACCUAAAAUUCAAAGCAAACUUCACAACAUCUUUGUUUUAAAUGUUUAUAAAUUUGGAAAUAGUUCUUUAGAGGUCUUCUCUAAUGUUUUUAAAUAAGCAGACGUGUGAAAACACAUAAACUAAAACAGAGAGUGCUAAUCCAGCUUAGAGUAAGGUGUUUCAUCCCCUGCCAGACAUUCCAACUACUGGAGGUAAAAUUUAGGGAGACUGUUCAAUGAAUUGAAAUCUAGUUCUGGGAAAAAAAUAAUAAAAAUUAAAUCUUAUUAAAUAGCAUUUCCUGCAUUUUUGGAGUAUGUUGUUAUAAGUGAUCCUAUAAAAUUGCCAUAAAGUAACUUCAUAAAAAGGUCAAGACAGACUAUAUUAUGGUGCUAAAAACAGUAUAUGACUUUUUAUGAUAUUUCCUGGAUAUUCUGAAAAAUCGGGAGACCAGGAGAUUGCAUGAAUUUUCGGGAGACUCCCGGUAAAAUCGGUAGAGUUGGAAUGUCUGCCCUGCAAACAAGUUGUAACAAAGUAGUUAUCAAGCCAAUAUCAGGAUGUGUUCUAUUAAACAAGUCAUUUUAUUUAUGGCAAUAAAUAAUUCUUGAGGAUUGCUUUAUCGUUUCUAGAGUAUGAUUGCCUGGGCUAUGUUGAUUCCUGAGUCAAGCAGUUUCGCUACAUUGAUUGGUUAUUUCACUUUUGCUGCCUGGGUGUUUUAUGGUUCCACAAUUACUGGUCUUCUUUAUAUGAAAUUCUUUAGCCAGAAGGAUAGGCACAGGCCUUUUAGGGUAUGGUAUAUAAGCUAGCUUUGUUUGUACUUGACAGCUCUAUUGGUCUUAAACUGUUCUCCUCAUGGGGUCCAGUAAGGGCGAUUCCUUAAGGCCUACUGUAUUUACACUUGAAUGAGUGGUUGAGUUUUGAAUGAAACUAUGAAAAAUCAUUUAACACUAAUUUCUUCAUCAGAUAAUUUCUUUUUGUUUUUAAGGUGUUUGUGUUAUUCCCAGUGGUUGUAUUGCUUGCCGCCAUCUACCUUGUUAUUGCACCAUUUUCAAAGACCCCUCUCCCAGCGUUCUUCUGUCUCUUGUUCAUUCUGUGCGGAAUACCUGUGUAUUUCUUGUUCAUCCACAAAAACAGAAGUCCUGGUUGCUUAAACAGAGGACUAGGUAAAUUUGAAUUAUGAAAUUAUGUGUCCUUUCAACUAUCUAUUCUCACACACCACUGGGAGCUGCUGCAGUAUCAGCAACAUGCUUGACAUUUAUUUAUCACAUAAUGCUUGCUUUACUACAGAGUACAGGCAUACAUUACAUAACCUAACCUGUCUGUUCAAACUCUUCUUAACAGCAGUUGGGGCUUAUGUCAAGCUACAAGCUACAACAAAAAUGUGCUCAUCUAACCAGCACCACUCAAUAACAUCCUAUUUAGAACUAUCAGUCCCCAGCAGUGUGUGAAAAACCAUUUUCCACUAUGACACAAAUGUUCCUCAAAAGUUCUUAAAAAAUGAAAAAACAAGUUUUAAUUCAUGUUUGAUAUUAUAAUAGCGAUGUUUUAUUUUAUUGAUAUAUAAAUGUACAUUUUUUUCUCAUUUUAGAAAAGUUCACAUACUUUGUGCAAAAGUUUGCCGAUGUGUCAUACCCUGUAUCAGAAGAUGCCAUUGCUGGUUAAAUUUUUAUCCAUUUUAAACAUUUAUCAGGGGGGAGGGGGAGGGGAGAUCAUGUGCACAAUGUGACGUCAGCAGACUACGUCACUUUCAUGGCUCAGAUGGAUAGGGAUUCAACUGCCUGAAAAAUACAAGGAAAAUAUCCGACGUUUCGUACAAAGACGUUUCAUCGGGGAGUUUAUAGCAAGCAUGGAUUGGGAAAAUACAUCGUUAAAGGAAUACCGAAUGGUUUUCCGUGCAGGAUUGCGUGAUCCAUGCACGAGGGAUGUCGCGAGACUUUCGGAAAGCGUAAAAAUACUCGAGCCGCAGGCGAGUGUAUUUUUACGCUUUCCGAAAGUCGAGCAACGUCCCAAGUGCAUGGAUCACGCUAUCCUGCUUGGAAAACCAUUUGGUAAUUGUUUUAUAAAAUAACUACAGUGAAACAAUGACAUUUUGUGAAUCACGCGAAAAUCCCGCGAAGGCAUUUUAAUUCCUCGUGCAAGAUAGCCUGAUCCUGCACGGCUAUUGACCAAUCAAAUUGCGUGUUUCACUGUAGUUAUUAUAUGAAGGGCCGUUUUAUCCCUUUCCAUCUGCAGUUUUCUGUGUCAGACUAGGAGGCCUUUCUGCAAAUGAUGAUAUAUUAAUCUGGAUGGCUUGGAAAACAGGGAAAUUUUUAAAACAAUGAAAAGACAUUCAGAUCAAUAUUGAUCGUGCCUGUAUGUUCCCGUAGAUAUCUAAGAUAUCUAUGUAUGUUCCCCAUUGAACUGUCAAGAGCGUUUGACAAGUUUCAUAAAUCUGAUCAAUCAGUCGGGUUCAAUGGGUUUAGGAGUAGACGGCGGUUUGUUUAUACGAAUAACUAUAGAUAUAAAGUUAGGGAUGAGAUUUCAAGUAAUGUUCCAAAAUACUCUUAGAUUGAAUUUAAUACUGUAAAAUGUCGAGUUUAAUAAAUUCACAGUGUUGUAAUCAUAGAAAGUAGUCGGUUGUGUUCAGCCUGGUCCUUGCCGUUCUGUGCAUCACGUGGAACCGAAGUGUAUGUCACAGCUCUGCUUUUACACAGUACCUCAGAGGAACACCAUCUAUAUGAAGAGAGAGAGAGAGGUCCUGGGACUAGGCUGAGUUGUGUUUUAUGUUUACCACCAUUGUAAAGUUUCGAACAGAUAGACGUUAAUAUAUGUUGAUAUUGCAAAUACAUUAUAGGUAGAGUCAAAUAAUUUGUAAUUAAAUAAAUUGAUAUGAACCUAGACGUAUACAUGACGCAUAUCACGUUGUUGCCUAGGGGCUGUUCAUAUGUGUCCGGAUGAAUCGUGUCAACUUUUUUUCCUCACCACAAAAGAUGGCUUGAAUGAACUUUAUACUUUCACACUAAAGGCGGUUUUCCACUUCGCACGUAUCGUGCCGUAACGUAUCUGUGAGCAUGCGCAGAUUGAAAAGAGGUUUAUAAAUCCACGUACUUCCGGGUGUAUUCGCGUAUCAAAAUAAAAAGUUCGUCGCAAGUCAACUUUUUGGCGUACUACGGAAGUACUAACCAAUCAACAUACACGAAAUUUUGAAAUUUAAAAACGUUUUCGCUACGUUACGGUACGAUACGCUUGAAGUGGAAAACGGCCUCAAGCCGCUAAUUCCAACCUCGCAACCCGGAGUAUUUCCGCUGCAGUUUGUAGGGGUCAGCUAAGAUCAGCUAACCUCACAACAGAGAAAGACCCUGGUUUGCGAGGUUGAGCUAAUUUAACUUUGAAAAUCAUCUCAGUUAACUGGGCCAGCCCUGCUCCAUAUGAUAUGAACAGCCGCUAAGACUCGGAUUAACAUAUGAUCGUUGACACUAUUAAACAUUACAUGGACUAGUUGGGUAUAUGUUUCAAUUUGAUUGUUUUAAAUGCAUUGAUUUAUAUAUUGAGCUUCGCCAAAUACAAACAUACAAUCGUACUACAAACUAACAACUCGCAAACACUGCAAAACAUCUAUAUACAUCAGUAUUACAUGUACUUCCCAGGGUACACCGCUCUCUUGCACUGUUGCACAUGUAAACGCCAUGAGAAUACUUCAUGUAAACAUUUUGUAUGGCGACUUCUGCGGGUUCCUAUAAAAAGAUGUUAUUGAAAUUGAAUUGUUAUUGAAAAGCUAUUUUCUUGUUCAUUUUCCGACCAGUGUUGCAUUUUGCUAUAAUCACAC